AUGUCUGACAAAGAAUCCAGUGAAAAAAUGGUUAUAGAAGUUCCUGGAAAUAACAAUGUAAGAAAAGAAAUUAUUUCUUAUCAUAGAAGCGGCAAAAUCGAUUAUAAUUAUCAAAUCGAGUCAAAUUUUUUUACAUCUGAAAAAAAAAAACAUAAUAAAAUAAUUGGUAUUUGGGAAGAAGAAUAUGGUAAUGAAGAUAAUAAGUCAAAAUUUAAAAUUAUGAAAGUAAUAUCGAAAAAAAGUCAUUUAAAGAAACAAAGUGUUGCUGGUCUUAGUUGUAAAAAAGGAAGUAGAAAGGUUCUUAAUGCUUUUUUAUUAUGUUAUGUUGAAGAUGGUGAAAAUGUUAAUUAUGGUUCAUUAAAAGGAAGGGUUAUUCCUAAAGGUAUUGAUAAUGAAGUGAUUGAAAAAAUUAAAAGACAUCCUGAAGAAUUAGCAGCAGCAAUUUUUUCAAAAUCUCAUAACAUUCAGUCUUUUUUAAACCGUGAUUACAAUUACGAAAAAACUAUUAAUGAUUUUACAUCUAAAUCUAGUCAAUACGAGCAAAUACUCGAAAUUUGGUAUGAAGAAUAUGGUCAAGAAAUCAAAAAAUCUUUAAAUGAAAAAAAUAAUUAUACUUUUAUUAAAAAUAUUAAUGAUAAAAAA